GUGGGGAGGAGCUGGGAGCCUGUUCUUUUCCUGGCUCUGGGCCAACCAUGGCUCUGGGGUUCAGGCUGUGGGGGUGAUAUGGGGCAGUUUGCUGCCCCAGGUAGAACAGCCCCACCCCCGGGGCUCUCUGCCGCAGCCCCUAACAGGACACCUCUGUCUGUGCAUCUCUGUGUCCGUCCACCCAGGUCCCCCAUCACCGUCUGGGAUUUCAACGCCAAGGAGCCAAAGGCAAAUACUGGCUGGGUAAGCGGGUUACAGCGCAGCUAGAUCCUGUCCCCCAUCCCUGGGGCAGAUCAGGUCUGGCGCCUCUAGAGGAGACAGGCUCCCCCGUAGCUGAGCCCCUGAGCCAGCCCAUCCCUCGCUGUGGGGCUGGAUCGGGGCUGGCAGCCCCUAGAGGGGACCGGCCCGUGCCCCAUUCCCACCCCCCCCGCCCUAGGGCCAAUGGGAGCUGGCCCCCCCAGAGGGCUCUGGGCAAACUGGAGCACUGGUCUGAAGGAAACAGGCUGAAAUUCAAUCAGGACAAAUGCAAAGUGCUCCACUUAGGAAGGACCAAUCAGUUGCACAUGCACAAUGGGACUUGACUGCCUGGAAAGGGAGCCGGGGACCCGAGUGAAUGGACCACAAGCUAAAUGAGUGACCAGUAUGACGCUGCUGCAGAAAAUGCGAACAUCAUCCUGGGCUGGAUCGACAGGGCUGUUGUGAGCAAGACCCGAGCAGUGAUUCUUCCGCUCUGCUCCGCGCUGAUUAGCCCUCAGCUGGAGAUGUUCGUGCCACAGAAUUGACAAGCGGGUACCACGCCAGGCCAAGCCACCCCUGCUAGACGCCUGGGUUCGGAAGGGGCCUGCGAAAUGCCCGUUCCGCCAUGUUCAGAGCACAUCUGGCAAGGGACGCCCGCCAGCUUGACAGCAGCUGGCACAAAGCCCUGGGCCCUGCCCGCCUGGUGAGUCAGUCGGCUCCGAAUCCCGCCCCUUUCCCUCCCGAAGAGUCUGCCAUCAGGGCACCCAAAAAGUCAUUCAGUGCCAGUGCAGGCCGGAGCACCCGGUUCCCCCUGCGCCCGAGUGUGCGACAUGGAGCUCACCACGGCCACGCUGCUUUUGCUGCUCCUCGGCCUCUCCUGCCUGGUUGUCUGCCUGCACGGGAAGGGCCAGCAGAAGAGGGGGUGUUUGCCCCCGGGACCGCGCCCGCUGCCCCUGCUGGGGAACCUGCUGCAGCUCGAUACCAAGGACAUGGUCAAAUCUCUUCUCAAGCUAAGCGAGCGCUACGGGCCCGUCUACACCCUCCACCUGGGCUCCCGGCGGGUGGUGGUGCUGUGUGGAUACCAGGCGGUGAAGGAGGCCCUGGUGGACCAGGCCGAGGAGUUCAGCGGGCGCGGGGAUCUGCCCGUGGUCUUCCGCUUCACCCAAGGGAACGACAUCGUCCUGAGCAACGGGGAGAAGUGGAAAGUCCUGCGGAGAUUCGCCCUGCAGACACUGCGCGACUUCGGUAUGGGCAAGCGGAGCCUGGAGGAGCGGAUCCAGCAGGAGGCGCAGUGCCUGGUGCAGGAACUCGCCCAAAUGCAAGCCGCGCCCUUCGACCCCACCUUCCUCAUCAGCCGGGCCGUCUCCAACGUCAUCUGCUCCAUCGUCUUCGGGGACCGGUUCAAGUACCAGGACGGGAGCUUUCUCACCUUGGUCAGCCUCAUGAACCAGAACUUACAGCUGUUGAGCUCCCUGUGGGGGCAGAUGUACAACAUCUUCCCCGGCCCCAUGUCCUGCGUGCCGGGGCCUCACAACAGGAUCUUCGAGAACUUUGAGCAGCUGCGGCUCUUUGUGCUGGAGAGGGUGAAGAUGCACCAGGAAUCCUUUGACCCCAACUGCCCCCGUGACUUCAUCGACUGCUUCCUCCUCAAGAUGGAGCAGGAAAACCAGGACCCACUGAGCUACUUCCACACAGAGACCCUGGUGAUGACCACACACAACCUGUUCUUCGCGGGCACAGAGACCGUCAGCACCACCCUGCGCUACGGCUUCGUCCUCCUCAUGAAGUACCCGGAGAUCCAGGCCAGAGUCCACGCUGAGAUCGACCAGGUGAUCGGGCGGCACCGCAGCCCAUCGGCGGAGGACCGGAGCCGCAUGCCCUACACCGACGCCGUGAUCCACGAGGUGCAGCGCUUUGGCGACGUGGUCCCCAUGGGGGUCCCGCAUGCGGUGACCCAGGACACCCACUUCAGGGGUUUCCUUCUUCCAGAGGGCACCAAUGUGCUCCCGCUGCUGUCCUCUGUCCACAACGACCCCACCCAGUUCAAAGACCCGGCCACCUUCGACCCGGCCCAUUUCCUGGACCCGAGUGGAGGCUUCUGGAAGCGUGAUGCCUUCAUGGCCUUCUCCACGGGGAAGAGGAUCUGCCUGGGUGAGGGCUUGGCCCGCAUGGAGCUCUUCCUCUUCGUCACCUCCCUUCUGCAGCGCUUUGCCUUCACGCCCCUCAUCCGCCCGGAGGACAUCAACAUCUCGCCCCUGGUGAGCGGCCUGGGGAAUGUGCCGCGCCCCUACGAGUUCCGAGCCGUCCCUCGCUGAGAGAGCCGCUGCCCAUCCCGCCUCCGCUCCCCUUUCACAGCCUCCUGUCCUGCAGCCUUGGCACGCCUGAGAUGAGUUCGCAGGCCUUGUCGCUUGCAGUGUCUAAUCAGCACAACUGCAGUGUCUCCUGCUCUUGAGAUUUUACCCUGCUGCCUGGCGGGCUGCUCUCUCUUCAAAGUCCGGAGCUCCAGAGUCGUGAGCUUGGUUCAAGGUUUCGUUACAAUCAACUACAAAUAAAAAUUGUCCCGCUCUGGGGGUGGUAGAGAAACGUUUAGAAACUUGACUCGAGUAAAGAAACCAGAAGCAAAUAAAACAAACCCAAAUCUCA